AUGCCUCUGGGGAUGAAUAAGCAUGGAUCUCGCUCUACUACCUCUUUGCCUCCGGACCCCACGGAGAUCGUCAGGAGCAAGGCCUGCUCCCGAAGGGUCAAGCUCAACGUGGGGGGGCUGGCCCACGAGGUUCUUUGGCGGACCUUGGACAGGUUGCCGCGGACCAGGCUGGGUAAGCUCAGAGACUGCAACACACACGACUCCCUUAUGGAGAUCUGUGAUGACUACAACCUGGAGGAGAACGAGUACUUCUUCGACAGGCAUCCCGGGGCAUUCACCUCAAUCUUGAACUUCUACCGUACUGGCAAGCUGCACAUGAUGGAGGAGAUGUGCGCCUUGUCCUUCAGCCAGGAGCUGGACUACUGGGGGGUGGAUGAGAUCUACCUGGAGUCCUGCUGCCAGGCCCGCUACCACCAGAAGAAGGAACAGAUGAAUGAGGAGCUGAAGAGAGAAGCUGAGACACUGAGGGAAAGGGAAGGGGAGGAAUUUGAUAACACUUGCUGUGCUGACAAAAGGAAAAAACUCUGGGACCUCCUGGAGAAGCCCAACUCCUCUGUAGCGGCCAAGGAGAAUGGAACAUCUUUGGAAGAGCAGCACUGUAUCAGGCUGUGCUUCCGGGAGUCGAGAGCGAGCUGUCACUCCCCUAAUAAACAGCAGAACAAAUCUCGAUUUCCCACCAGCUUGCCCAAAAGCACAGCAG